AUUAGCAGCAGCAAGUACCCAGCAUUAGAAUCCACAAUUGUCAGGACGUGCAAUAAGAAACGUUAAGAAAGCAGACGGAUGUGCAACUGUGCAACCAGUGUCAUCCUAGAAUCCGAGUGCGGAGUCAAGAGAGGCCGAGGACUUUUUCUUCCUGUUUUUCCGUAAAGUCCUUCCGCUUAAAGAGAAGAAAGAUGAGGUACAAACACAUCGUUAUCGUCGGAGCAUCAUUAAUAACGACGCUGCUGUCACUCUCUGGAGUGAUGUAUUACUUCAAUCAAGACAAGUGUCCAGUGGGUACUUUUCCGUGCCAGAACAGUUCUAUUUGCAUGCCACAACGAAGCUGGUGUAACGGAAUAAUGGAUUGUCCAGAGGGGGAUGAUGAAUUUGAAACAGAGUGCGGAGAUAUGCAUGGCAGCUGGGACUGGUUUAUCAAAGAUCCACAAAAUAAAUCAAAAAUCAUUUGUGAUUCUACACAAUGUCCGGAAAAAUGUACCUGUCAUGCAUGUCACUUGAUGUGUGUUGGUUACGCCGAAAUACCUCAAAAUUUCUCGUCCAAUGUUACCACUAUAACUUUGACAAACAAUGCGCUUACGCAACUUUCUACAAACGAGCUGAUCAAAUACGUAGAACUACGAUACUUAUAUCUCGAAAACAAUUCAAUAAGAAAUCUGGCAGAUGGCGCAUUCGCAAAUCAAAGGCAGUUACAAUGGCUAAUUCUCUCGGAUAAUAAUAUUCGAGAGGUACGACGUGGUCAGCUGUCUGGAUUAGAAUCAUUGGAUGUUCUGAGGGCGGACGGUAACGAAAUUACUUACGCGGACUUAUUUGAUUUCGAGAACAGCACCUCCCUGCAAUGGAUAGAUUUCAGCAGAAACAAACUGACUUCCUCGACUCUAAAACUCCCGUACUUGCCAGAAUUAAAGGAAUUAGUUCUGGACGAAAAUCGACUUGAGGCUAUCACGGAAAAUUUAUUAUCGAUGUUACCAAGCCUGAUGUCACUAAGCCUAAGUGGAAAUACCGUGACUACUAUACACGUGAACGCUUUUCGAAAUCUGAAUAAUUUAUUAGAAUUAAAUUUAGAAGACAACAAGAUCUUAGCUAUACCGGAGGAUGUCUUUAAGCCUAUAGGAAAUCUAACGAAAUUAUCGAUAGGAUUCAAUCCGAUUGAGGAUCUGCCAAGCGCUCUGUUUGAUCCACUGAAAAAUCUACGAUCGCUUGGCCUCGAGGAAAUUGAAAUCGUCAAUAUGGAGAAAAAUAUAUUCGAUCUGUUUCCGUAUUUGGAUUUCGUUUACUUGAAAAAGUUUCACUAUUGCACAACCUACGCGUCUAACGUUCAAAAAUGCCGGCCAGUCAGCGACGGAGUCUCAUCUUUGUCCCACCUAUUAAGCAAACCGCUGCUACGUGCUGCUGUCUGGGGUAUAUCGUGCGUGACGUGCUUGGGAAAUGCUCUGGUCUUGUGGGGAAGAUUCACAGCUAAGGACGAAAACCAAGUGUUGAGCAUCGUCAUCAGAAAUCUUGCCGCUUCUUUUAUUUUAGUUUCUGACAUGCUGAUGGGUAUAUAUCUCUUUGUUAUCGGAUUGGAGGACAUUCGAUUUCGAGACAAUUAUAAUCAGAUCGCCAGCACCUGGAUGUCAUCUUGGUCCUGCACUUCCGUUGGAAUUUUGGCCAUGACGUCCUCAGAGGUUUCAGUAUUGAUCCUACUGUUCAUGUCGGUAGAAAGAUUUAUGCUGAUCGCUGCACCUUUGAAGAGUCAUCGCGCCUUGACACCUCAAGCUGCAUCUUCAUCUAUGAUUGUUAUCUGGAUAUUUGGAAUUCUACUAGCACUUAUACCAGCUAUUCAUUGGCGUAGCAGUACCAGAUUCUAUGGUGUCAAUGGCUUGUGCUUCCCUCUACAUAUAGACAACCCUUAUCUGAUCGGCUGGGAAUACUCUGCUUUCAUUUUCCUUGGACUGAAUCUCUUGGGGCUGAUCGUCAUUGGCUACGUUUAUGCUGGGAUGUUCGCCAGUAUUUGGAGAACGCGACACGCGACUCCCUUGUCAGUGGGAGAUUCGGAAUUUGCAGUAAGAUUUUUCUUAAUUGUAUUAACCGAUACGGCCUGUUGGGCGCCGAUAAUUACACUGAAAAUUCUCGCCCUGAUGAUGUACCCUGUUCCAUCCGAUCUUCAUGCUUGGGUCGUCAUCUUCAUUGUGCCGGUUAACAGUGCAGUUAAUCCUUUGCUCUACACAUUCACUACCCCAAAAUUUCGAGAGAGACUGGGCGAGGAAUGGUUUCGAAAAAUCCGUGAUCGUUUUACUGGAAAAAAUUCUACUCGAAAUUCUCACGUACCGACGGCUCUGUGCAAUAAGAACGUGAUGCUGUCGCUCUCGUCAACCGAUGAGAAAUGUCCGAUAGACCAUAAAGUGUCGAGUAUCCCGAUAUUUAUUAAUGAGGAUCAAUUAAUUAGUAAACUGACUCAGCAGACAAACAAAUCACCGAUAGGUUCAUCGCCUGUAACAAGUCAAUGACUUGUUUCAAUUAUUCCUCUAUAUUGCGUCAAGCGCAUCAAGCGCAGGAUCGUCAGAUGUAAUUCAAAAACAAAAUCAAUCUAUAUAACUAUUAAUUGAGCUAUCCAAUAUAGUGAAUUUAUGACAGCUGAGCACAGAAUGUUUACGUUGAAAAUGUAGUUCGUUAAAUUAUUAACUAACAUACCAGUAUUCAUAUUUAAGAUAUCAUUGGAAAAAUGCUUGUCUCUAUUCAAAGCGCAAAGAAUGACCAGGAGUCUGACUUCCAGUAAAAUGAGAAAUAAGAGUCCUCCUAAACUUCUCGUCUUUCAAUAUUAUGUUCAAUUCAUAGGUCACUCAUGUAAAGUAAAAAAAUUGUUCUAUUGUUAUUCGAUUUUAUCAUUUACUCAAUUUCAACGUCUGCAUUUUGUCGCAGCAGUUAAAAAGAUUUGCGUUAGCACGAGCCAUUGUCCAAUCAGAGUGCCAGUACGGGUAUCGCGACUGGUUCAAGAAUUUUAAAGCUUUAAGACCGGUCGUAAAUCUACUUUCAACAAAAUAUGUUGUGAUCUCCUUCACGUAUAGCACAUGGCAUACGGUUAUGGGAUAUAAUAUAUAAUUUAUGAUGGACACUCAAUAGGAGGGUCCCGUUAACGGUUA